AUAUAAUCGGGAUAUAGGGAAAUGGGGGCCGCAACGGAAAUGACCCGGAGGCAAGGGCCGCAUCGAAUGCCAAAGGGGCCAUGUUUGAACCACUGUUAAGGUAACUUACCCAUAAUACGAAGGUUCAUGGCCCCUUGCAUAUAAAGGUGAGAAUCUGAGCACAUUCUGCGCCGCACCUGAUUGCAUUUCACUUCUUUCUCGCCUUCCUCCGUUCAACAGACACCAAUAUCAAGAGCUUACGACCUCACACCUCACACCUCACACGAUCCCAUCAUUGCUUGACUUGAGAAAUCAAGAACAUAUCGUGGCCAUGGUCUCCGACACUGCCCGAAAAGAGAUCACGACCAUUUUGUCGGCCGAUGAGGUCAUCCACCCGUCGUCCGAAGAUGCCUUCGUCACCGAAACCAAGACUUGGUCAGCGGGAGCGAACCGAAAGCCAGGCCUCGUCGUCCGCCCGGCCAACCUCACGUCGCUGCAGAAGAUCGUAAAGUACUUGUGUGAUUCGGAUUUGGAGUUCGCCGUCCGGUCCACGGGAACCGGCGAUGCUACCGCGCAGGAUGUCGUCAUCAGCCUGAGUGCGUUCGACGAUGUUCAGUUUGAUGAGGAGAAGAUGGAGGUGCUCUUGGGGGCCGGGCAGGAGUGGGGAAGCGUGUAUCCCAAGUUUAAGGAUAUCGCUCCUGGCUAUGCGGUUCCCGGUGCUCGGCAACCAUUCGUUGGUGUCGGUGGUUCAAUCCUCGGGGGAGGCGUCUCAUGGCUCUCCAUGGAGCAUGGCUUGAUUUCCAAUGCCAAGAACCUUCUGGAUGCUCAAGUUGUGCUCGCGGACGGAAGUGUAGUCUGGGCCUCUAGUGAGCCGGACCUGAUGUGGGCGAUUCGAGGUGGAGGCGGAAACUUUGGAGUCCUGGUCAAUGUGAAGCUUCGGGCAUACAAGGAAGACAAGCCGGUCUUCUUUGGGCCGGUCCUCUAUCCAGAAUCGUCCAUCGAGGCAAUUUCCAAAGCUGUCGCCGACUUCAUUCCUAAAAACAAGGAUCCCAAGGUCGCCAUCAUGGCGUUUGCGACGGAGCCCAACUCACCCCUCUUCCCCUUCCCCAGAGGGGUUGGACUCCUUCUCUAUGAUGCCAAUGGCGAGGAUUCGGGCCGAAAGAACUUUCAGUGGGCCUUCGAGAUUGAAGGGGCGAAGCCCAUGGUCGGGGAGAUGCCGUAUUACAACGUGGUCAUGGGAAAUGCUCAACUCAGUGCUCUCAAGGGGAAAACUUCUACCUUUGGACAAAGUGCUCUCGUCAAGGAAGUCGAUCCCGGACUCGUCGCUCGCUGCAUGAACUGGUACUUUAAGACGAUUGAAGAGGACGAAACCUUGGCUCAUGGCUCGUACGUGCUCUUUGAACAUGCUCAACCGGCUUGCUUCGGCUCGUCAGAAGGCAAGUCUGCCUGGCCUUACAACGAACCGGCCCAUCUUCUCCAGCUCGGUGUCGGCUAUCUACCAGAAUCAUCCUGCUCACUCGAUACCGCGAUGACCGUCCUUGGCGAAUCAUUUGGCAAGAUUGUCCCUGGGAUCACAAGUGCAGACUUCAUGCCGAACUUCAUCAAUCCCAAGUACACUGACAUCCCAGCCAUUUUCGGCAAGAACUACCAGAAGUUGAGGGAGGUCAAGACCAAAUAUGAUCCGAAGGAUAGGUUCUCUAGGGCACUGAUGCACAUCCCUCCCAUAUGGGGGGCAAUCUGAAGGCAAGAGAAUACGGGACGCGGUAUCUUGAUGGGUAGCUGUAAAGCCAGCUAACUCGGAGAAGAGUCUCGAUAGUUGAGAUAGCAAUCAGACUAUAGCACAGCACAAAUAGUAUAAUGAAGGUACUAGCAAAGGACA